UAGCUUUUUGCUUUAUUUCAUUUCACCCAUUGUUUAACCAUAGUAGCCUAUUUAACUGAACAGAUUUCUGCUUUGAUUUUUUUGUGAUGUACUUGAUUUUUUUUACUGCAGAUCAGUAGUAUGUGAAAGCAUGUUUGAUAGCAGCAUAAGCAUUGCUAGUGCAUCUUUUUGAAGGCUUAUUUGUGGUGACUUUACCUUCUGAUUUUGUGAAAUGCUAUAUAACUCUCGCUCACCUUUUUGCUGUUGGGCAAUGCAGUUUUACACGGCUGAGUUUCUUUUGUGUUUCUUGUGUUACAUUUUGGUGUAUCAGUUUACUGUCAGUUUAAUGAGCAGUGGCAAAUUAAAUGUCGCAAUGUGGUGCUCUGGGAAACAAAGCUGAGUGAGCAUGCGUGCACUGGAAGCUUGUGUUAGUUUCUUAACUCUCUCUGAACUGCAUUUGAAUGCAGAUUUGUACUUCUACUACCAUAGUUGCAGUGCAGAUGUUUAGUAUUUAUGGCUUGUCUUGCACUGCUGCAUUUUGUUUGAGUUACUAACACUCAGAGAAAUGUUUUAAGUUGUUGGCUGCUGUGAGAAUGACGUUACUAGUUGGUUGCUGUGAGAAUGACGUUACUAAUUGUAAACGUAGAGAAAGUGUGCAAUGGCUAUAUACCACAGUGCCUCACUAUUUAGCUGUAAUUUUCCUUUUGAAAAUGUGUAGGACAGUUCAGUGCAGUUACCUGCAAAGGUAUUUGGUGGUGUAGGUUUUUUCUCGCCUGCUGCUGAAGUUCAGAAUACCUAUUGAUUAAAACAUGUAGGAAGAAAUAAUUGAAUUUACUUGGCAUUCUUGCCAUAGUAGAUGAAUAGCAGUGUGAGUGAUGGACUCUAUGUACAAUAGCAGUGACCUUUGUAAACAUGGUGUGAUUUAUUUCUACUGCUUCAGUGUGACUUUCUAACUACAUCAAAAAUGUGAAUUUGUUUUCAGUUUGCAGUACACUGAUCUCGCAUCAAAAAUGUAAAUUGCAUGGUAAUAUGAUUUAACAUCAAGUAAUUUGUGUGCUGGUUUAUAUAUAAAUAUUUUGUAGUACAAGUGAAAGAAGCAAUUGUGGCUGUCUUAAUAGGUCCUAUCUAAGGAACAGACUGUGCUAUAUCUCAAGGAGAUGUUGUACUGGCAGUAACAAUCAUCUUAUAGGGGGGUUCUCCAGUGGACUUGUAUAAGUGACUUAGGAUUGUCUGUGGGGAGCAUCAAUGGUGUCGUGUGUUUUUUUUUUUUUUGUAGCGUAACAUACAGUAUGUUUACAUUAAUGUUUCGUCCUUCAUAGAUCUUUCAGAAACCAGUUACCUUGAACUUGACUGGAACCAACUGAAAUAUCUAGAAGCUUCAAGUGCUCCAAUGAAUACCGCAUCCUCUGCCAUGAAUACUGCAUCCUCUGCCAUGAAUACGCAUCCUCUGCAUCUGUGAAUCGGUAAACACUUCCAUGACAACUGAAUAGCAUUCUUGUUGCCUUAAAUUGUAGGCGCGAUCUGUGUGGACAGUAAAUUAGAUGAAAUUGAGCCAUGUCGUCACUUUAUAAACCAGUACAGUAAUAGCAUUCCAAAUGUUUACAAAUGGAUAGAAUGAGCCGGAGGUAAAUGUGCUCAAUGUAUGCAAGCUUUAGUUCCAGAUGACUUGAUUCUUGAUUUGAAUUUGCUGUCUAGUGGCAGAAAUUGACAAGCCUGUACAGUGGUCUGGUGUUGUAUAGUUUAAUUUUGUAUAGUAUAAAGUUGGCUCUAAUACAACCAGUUGUAGUUGCAAGGUCUAGUUGGGUGAAUUGCAAGACUUGGGUGGGUAGGCAGCUAUAAGAAUUGAGGGAGUUUAUGAACAUUGCAUUUUCCUUUCCUAACAUUUGAAUUUCCAAAAUUUAUUUUUAACAGACAGCCUGGAAAAGGUCCAAAGAAGCUUUCUGGUGCAGCAAAUAGAAAAAGAAAGGCUCAGAGAGAAUUGCAAGUGGCUAGUUUACGUGCUUCAGUGAUGAGAUUUAUGCAGUCUAGUCAGACAUUAGACAGCAGUCAGUGGCAAGACAGUGAAAUGCUUCAAGAAGCAGAUUUCCCUGAGGUGCCAAGCAGUCCUUCCAGACCAGGUGAAAGUGACAGUUCCUGCCAAAGUCCCAGCGAUGCUUGCUGUAUGGUAGAUGUUGAGAAUACUGGUACUGGAUGUGCAGAUAAUGAAUCUGAGUCAGAGGUGUGUGAUAAUGGCUCUGACCUUGCAGGUGGUAAUGCAGAGUGUGACAGAGUGUGGAGCUCAGUGUCUGGGGCAUCCAUUGACUCUAUUCCUGUGUGGUCAGAGCUAGGAGCAGCUCAUUUAUCUGACCAACUAGAUGUAUGUGAGGCGGAAAGUAAGGAAGCAGAUCCAGUAACACACAGGGAAGUCUAUAGUGACCCUGGUAAAUGGCCAGAUCCCAUGGAUGAUAAAGUUCGCUGUCUGUUAAGUGCUGUAGGGCCUGUUCAGAUAAUGAAUCACAGUUUCCCCUAUGAUGAUCACCAUAGAAGAUUCAACCCCAUCUUUUAUAAUAAACGACUUACAAAUGGUGAGACAGUCAGAAGGUCUUGGUUGGUGUAUUCCGAAAGUAGUGACUUGGUAUUUUGUUUUUGCUGCAAACUCUUUAGCAGUACUCAUUUAGUUGCCUUGUCUAGUACAGGAACAUGUGACUGGAAAAAUUUGGGACAAAAGCUUAUAGAACAUGAGCGAUCAGUGAAACAUAAAGAAGCUGCUGCUAAGUGGAGUGACUUGCACUUGAGGCUUAAGAAUAGCUCCACCAUUGAUCACCACCGUGAGAACAUGAUUGAGUCUGAGAGGAAAUACUGGAGAAAUGUUCUGGAAAGACUGCUUGCAAUCUGUCAGUACUUGUCCCCAACAUAACUUGGCCUUUAGGGGUAGUGAGGAUAGACUCUUUACAAGUGGUAAUGGCAACUUCCUCGGGUUAGUGCAGCUGUUGGGCAAGUUUGAUCCAGUAAUACAAGAGCAUCUUCGUCGUAUCAGUAAUGCCGAGAUCCAUGA